AACCAAAAAAAUGUCAAGUAACAACAUACAACAAGAAACAUCAUUAGAAACUCACCAACAAAACCAACCAAAAUCGCAUCUACGACGCGGAAUUUUAACAUUCCAACAGCUAAACGCCCUGGCGCUGGUAGUCAUCCUAUCAGCGUCAGGGAUGGUCGCAAUCGAGGAUUUCGGUUUCGUAAUCCUCACCUUUUUUUACAUGUACUUUUUAUCAACAGUUGCAUUCCCCGCCAUCACACCGUCUCAAAGCCAACAACCCGUUUUCGCAGACAAUUUAAACCGUCUACUUAGCCUAUAUUGUUUCACGGGCGCAGUUGUUGGAUUAUUCCUCCCAGUUGUAUAUAUAUUCGAAGGAAUAUAUGAAGGUGACAAAGAAGGCAUAAAAGCAGCCACCCCACAUGUUUUUUUGUUGGCUAGUCAGUUGUUUUUAGAAGGGGUGGCGUUUUCGGACCGAUUUUCGUUACCGAUGAAGGUGUUGGUUCCUGUCGUUUAUAAUUCGACACGAUUGUUUUCGUUGUUGGAGUGGGUGAGAAGUGAGGUGACAAAAGAGGAAGGUGGAAGUAUUAGUAGUAAUAGUAGUAGUAGAAGGUUGUUUAUGGGGAGAGUUUUGGCUGUGGUUAAUUUGGUUUAUUGGGGGUUUAAUUUGUUUGGUUUUCUGUUACCAUUUUAUCUCCCAAGAGCAUUUAAGAGAUACUAUUCUGAUCUUGCCAAGAAUCUUAAAGAUUAAAUUAAUCAACAUUUUAAUUAAGAUCGAAUAUAUAUGUUACAUAUA